AUGAUUGAUAUAAACAAGUGUAAUUGUGGAAAACAUUUGCAAUCACCUUCUGAAGGUUCCAAUGAUGCUAUUCAGACAAGUAAUACUUCUCUUGUUGACCCUUUAGGAUUGCCUCAAGAAAUCCUAGCUUUCAACAACCAAAGCUCCAUUGUGAAGACAUGUCCAAAAAUUCUGUGGCAGGGUUUCGCAUUCAAAUCGCAAGAGAAAUCUAAAGCUACUGAGCCAACCAAUAAUUUGGCUGAUGUUGGUUCUAACAAGAAGCAAAAAAGGAGGAAGAGGAAGAGGGAGGGAAACAAAGAAGUUUCUGAUGAAUAUUCAAGAAUCAGGAGGCACCUUAGAUAUUUAUUGAAUCGAAUAAACUAUGAACGAAAUCUGAUUGAUGCAUAUUCUACAGAAGGUUGGAAAGGGCUGAGCAUAGAAAAGUUAAAGCCACAGAAGGAGCUUCAACGCGCUGCAUCUGAAAUUCUUCGACGCAAAUUGAAAAUUAGAGAUUUAUUUCAACAUGUUGAUUCAUUAUGCGCUGAAGGAAGGCUUCCAGAAUCUUUAUUUGAUUCUGAAGGAGAAAUUGACAGUGAGGAUAUAUUUUGCGCAAAAUGCGGGUCGAAGGACCUCCCUGCCAACAAUGAUAUCAUACUAUGUGAUGGUGCUUGUGACCGAGGAUUCCAUCAAUAUUGCUUGCAGCCGCCUUUGCUAAAGGAAGACAUUCCUCCAGAUGAUGAGGGUUGGCUAUGCCCCGGAUGUGAUUUCAAAGAUGAUUGUAUUGAAUUGGUUAAUAAAUCUCAGGGAACAAAAUUUUCACUCACUGACAGUUGGGAGAAAGUCUUUCCAGAGGCAGCACUAGCUGCUGCAGGUGGAGAAAAUCAGGAUCCUAACUUUGGACUACCUUCAGAUGAUUCUGAUGAUAAUGAUUAUAAUCCUGAUAUUUCAGUAAAUGACGAGAAUGAUCAGGGAGAUGCGUCAAGUUCUGAUGAAUCUGAUUUCACUUCUGCAUCAGAGGAACCGGAAGUACCAGCUAAUGCUAAUCCUUAUUUGGGGCUUCAAUCUGAAGAUUCGGAUGAUGAUGAUUAUAAUCCCAAUGGCUUGAACCAUGAUAAUGUGGCUAAGGCGGAAUGUUCGAGUUCUGAUUUUACCUCUGAUUCUGAGGAUCUUGGCACUGUCAUAGUAGAAGAUGAUAUUUCUUCUCAGAAAGAUGGUGGCCCCAUGUCUAAUGGUGCUUCUAGAAACUCCAAGGGUCAAAAGAGUAAACUUAGUGGCAAGAAGUCUAUGAAUAAUGAGCUGUUAUCAGUAAUAGAAUCAGCUUCCGGACAAGAUGGUGCAACCAUAUCUGAUAAACGAAACAUUCAGAGGUUGGACUACAAAAGGCUAUAUGAUGAGACAUAUGGCAAUGUUCCUUCUAGUUCCAGCGACGAUGAGGAUUGGAAUAAUGCCUCGGCACCUAGAAAAAGGAAGAAACAUAAUGCAGAAGUGGCACAACCGAAUGGAAAUGCUUCUCUAACUAGUGGUGUCUCGGUUUCCAAUGGUUUAAAGCAGAAGCCGGAAGAGACGGAGCAUACACCUAGGAGAAACACUCGGAAGAGAUCAAAUCAUAAGGCUACUGAUAAAAAGGCUGUCAUGCCUGUUUCAAGCGGUAAAAAGGCUGGUUCAUCAACCCCUUCAAAUGGUAAGGGUACUGCGAAAUCACCCACGAAAUCACCUGCCAAAUCACCCGUAGGUGUUUGCAGAUCUAGUUCGAGUGGUAAACAGGCUGAUUCAUCAACAUCUAAAAGACUUGGAGAAGCUGUAACUCAGGGACUUUAUAAAUCUUUCAAGCAAAAUCAGUACCCAGACCGAUCUGUGAAAGAGAGUUUGGCUAAAGAGCUCGGAAUUACUGUCCGACAGGUUAGCAAAUGGUUCCUAAAUGCUCGCUGGUGCUUCAACAAUUCAAAAACUGUUCCAGGAAGUUCACUCAAAAAAGUUUCAGGUAAUGGUAUUACCCCAUCGACUCGUCGAAAGAAGAAUUGAAAUGGGAAUGGAGAUG